AUGAGGCGGCCUCCCGAGAACGGAGAGGCGGCCAGCGAAGAGGGUAUAGGCGGCUGGGGCCUAUGGGGCCAGCAGGAGACAAGGAGGCUGGGCUGUGCAGGUCCCGACCGCUGUGGGCAGGCGUUGCUGCAGAUUGGGAUCAACAUGAUGGCGCUGCCUGGAGGCCGCCAGGUGGACUCCAUCACCCUCCAGGGCCAGCGGCUGCACCUGAUGCAGGUGGACUCGGUCCAGCGCUGGAUGGAGGACUUGAAGCUCAUGACCGAGUGCGAGUGCAUGUGUGUCCUGCAGGCGAAGCCCAUCAGCCUGGAGGAGGAUGCACAAGGUGACCUCAUCCUGGCGGGUGGCCCGGGCCCUGGAGACCCCCUGCAGCUGCUGCUCAAGCGGGGCUGGGUCAUCAGCACCGAGCUGCGCAGGAUCGGCCAGAAGCUGGCCCAGGACCGCUGGGCGCGCGUCCACAGCAUGAGUGUGCGUCUGACCUGCCACGCCCGCUCCAUGGUCAGCGAGUACAGUGCUGUCAGCAGGAGCUCCUCGCAGGAGAUGGGCCAGGUUGAGAAGCUGCUCAUGGAGAAGUGCUCGGAGCUCUCGGCAGUCACAGAGAGGUGCCUCCAGGUUGAGAAUGAGCACGUCCUGAAGUCAAUGAAGGCUUGCGUGAGCGAGACCCUGAGCAUGCUGGGCCAGCAUUUUGGCCAGCUGUUGGAGCUGGCCCUGACCCGGGAGGUGCAGGCACUGGUGAGAAAAAUCGAUGCCUCAGACAAUAUCUACACCACGGAAUCCACCACUGGGAACCUGUUCAGCCUGACCCAGGAGGGGGCCCCCUUGUGCCGCAUAAUAGCAAAGGAGGGUGGGGUCGUAGCACUCUUCAAGGUCUGCCGGCAGGACAGCUUCCGGUGUCUGUACCCCCAGGCACUCCGCACGCUGGCCUCCAUCUGCUGCGUGGAGGAGGGUGUCCACCAGCUGGAGAAGGUGGACGGCGUUCUGUGCUUGGCCGACAUCCUCACUGACGACAGCCACUCAGAGGCCACACGGGCCGAGGCCGCGGCCGUGGUCGCCCAGGUCACUUCCCCACACCUGCCUUUCACGCAGCACCUCACCAGCUUCCUGGAGAGCAUGGAGGAGAUAGUGACUGCCCUUCUCAAACUGUGCCAAGAGGCCUCGUCCGGGGAAGUCUUCCUGCUGGCCUCUGCGGCCCUUGCCAACAUCACCUUCUUUGACACGAUGGCCUGUGAGAUGCUCCUGCAGCUGAAUGCCAUCCGUGUCCUCCUGGAAGCCUGCAGUGACAAGCAGAGGGUGGACACGCCUUAUACCCGGGACCAGAUUGUGACAAUUUUGGCAAACAUGUCUGUCCUGGAGCAGUGCGCCUCGGACAUCAUUCAGGAGAACGGGGUCCAGCUUAUCAUGGGCAUGCUGUCUGAGAAGCCAAAAUCUGGGACCCCUGCUGAGGUGGCAGCCUGUGAGCGAGUCCAGCAGAAGGCUGCAGUGACGCUGGCCCGUCUCAGCCGAGACCCGGAUGUGGCACGGGAGGCAGUGCAGCUGAGCUGUAUGUCCCGCCUCAUUGAGCUCUGCCGAUCGCCUUCCGAGAGGAACAGCAGUGAUGCUGUGCUGGUGGCCUGCCUGGCUGCUCUGCGUAGAUUGGCUGGGGUCUGUCCUGAAGGCCUCCAGGACUCCGACUUCCAGCAACUGGUCCAGCCCCGGCUUGUGGACUCUUUCUUACUUUGCAGCAACAUGGAGGAGAGUUUUGUGUAG